UUCAUUUUUCAAGUUAGAUGUUUGGCUGUUCAAUCUCCUGCAAAAAGGAGUCAUGCCAGCCAGACACAGUCCUUUCAGGGCCCCUGGCAGAUAGGACAGAGUUGACACCACAACUGUUGAGACAAUUGAGCACUGGAUUUGUGUUGUUCAAAGAGGGUCUCCUGCAGCAAUGACCUCCUCAUGUCUCCUGGCCUUUCUACUUCUGGCUUCAGCUACAGUGGCCAGUCUCAGAGGUGGCAGUCAGUGCCCAGCUUGUGAGGGGCCCACCAUGGACCUGGGGAGCCAGCGGGAGCUGCUUCUUGACCUGGCCAAGAGAAACAUCCUGGAAAAUCUGCACCUCAGCCAGCGCCCAACCCUAAACCGUCCUGUGGCCAGAGCUGCUCUGAGGACCGCACUGCAGCACCUCCAUGGUCCCCCCCAGGGAACACUUCUGGAGGACGACAGGGGACAAGAAUAUGAGAUCAUCAGCUUUGCUGAGACAGGCCUCUCCAACAUCAACCAGACUCGUCUUAGUUUCCACUUCUCUGAUAGAACUUCUGGUGGCAUGGAGAUCCAGCAGGCCAGCCUCAUGUUCUUUAUACAGCUCCCUCCUAAUACCACUUGGACUAUGAACAUGAGGGUCCUUGUGUUGAAUCCACGUGACCCCAACCUCACCUUGGCUACUCAGCAGCUGCUAGAGAUGGAUACCACUGGCUGGCACCAGCUCCUCCUGGGGCCUGAAGCUCAAGCUGCCUGCAGCCAAGGGCACCUUACCCUCGAACUAGUACCUGAAGGCCAGGUAGCCCCCAACUCAAUCAUCCUGGAUGGAGCUGCCCAUAGGCCUUUUGUGUCAGCCCGGGUAAGAGUUGGGGGCAAGCACCGGGUUCGCAGACGAGGCAUCGACUGCCAGGGAGGGUCCAGAAUGUGCUGUCGACAAGAGUUCUUUGUAGACUUCCGUGAGAUUGGGUGGCACGACUGGAUCAUCCAGCCUGAGGGCUAUGCAAUGAACUUCUGCACAGGGCAGUGCCCACUACAUGUGGCAGGGAUGCCUGGCAUUGCUGCCUCCUUUCACACUGCAGUGCUCAGUCUGCUCAAAGCCAACACAGCUACUGGAACUGCUGGAGGGGGUUCAUGCUGUGUGCCCACAGCCCGGCGUCCCCUGUCUUUGCUCUACUAUGACAGGGACAGCAACAUUGUCAAAACCGACAUACCUGACAUGGUGGUAGAGGCCUGUGGGUGCAGUUAG